UUUGUGCCUUAUUUAGUUUAUUGCUGCGCACAUUUUCUGCUUAUUUUUGAUGCAAGCUGAAUUUCGCCGUGCUGUAUUUAUUUUAGUUUUUAAAUAGAGCUGAAACAAAUAAGGAACUUAUCGGAAUAAACUCCCGAUUAACUGUAUACUUCCUCAAGGGCUAGAGCCUGUAAAUGGGCUUUGAUGGCGACCUCUCCUGGGACAAAGAACCCGGAGGACGAGGUGGAGUUUGUCUCCGAGGGUCCUCUCAGACCGGUUCUGGAGUACAUAGACCUGCUGAGUGAUGGAGAUGAUGAGGAGGCCAAGGCUGCCCCACAGUCUAUGGAGGACCAGAUCGACAGGAAGAAGGCACAGGUCGCCUCCACGCUGGACAGGCUGGCCCAACAGGUGGCUGCCGAGAAACAGCAGAGGGCAGAGAAGUGUCGAGCCUUCAAGGAAAAGAUGGUCUCCCAGCAGGCUAAGGGUCGGCAGGAGGUGGCCUUCAGCGUCAGCAACGGCGAUCAUUUCGAUGCCAAGCGGUGUGUGGACAUGUGGUUAAAGAUGCCAGAGUUGAAACCCGGCACACUCAGCUCUCAUUCCAGAUGGGGGCGCCGGUCGUCACCACACCCCAGCAGCCACGCGUCUGUGCGUACUUGUCCCGUCAUCAACUGUGGCCGCGUCUAUGACAGCGCCCCCCUCCUGGAGGGCCACUUGAAGAGGUUUGACCACUCCCCGUGUGACCCCACCAUCCUGCUGCGGGGCAGUCCGUCUGCAUUCUACGCCUGCGUGGCUUGCUGCAGCCACUUUGAGAGCAAGGAAGCGUGGCAGGCCCAUCUUACCGCUAAGCUCUCCUCCCCUGAUCCUGGUGGCCACGUCCACAGCCUGAAGUACCAGCUGAUCCAGUGCUUCGCCUGCCCAUCCUGCUACCUCCUCUUCAACAUCCGCGACGAGUGCUUGCAGCACAUGGCAGCCAAGAACCACUUUAUCCGGCCCACGGGAAGCGCCCAAACGGGCAGAGCCGCUCCCCUCCCCAUCCCGUGGUACGCCAAGACCCGCCUCAUCAUUCUGUGUAAGGAGGUGGCGUUCCGCGUGCGCUGCUCCGCCUGCAGGAAAGUGCUGGCAUCGCACACUGAAGCCCAGGCACACUUCAAUGUCCGAUGCAGGCAGGCCAGUGCCAUGGCUGAGGCCGAUCAGACAGUGGCGGACAUCAUGAAGCGGCUGCGGGUUCGAGGCCGCUGCAUGCCGUGCGACGAGGUCUUCUGCAGCGAGGCGCAGAUCGAGCGGCAUAGGCAGGGCACUGGCCACCAAGUGGUGCCCCUGUCCACUGAGGAGGAGUCCAUACUGCACUACUGCAGCCACCAUGAAGUUGCACGCAUGCGGGAGGCCCCCCCACGGCCAUGUCCUGACUCCACAGGUCCCAGGACCUCUUCAAAGAAGAGGGGCAUGCCGAACGACCCCCAAGACUCAUCCCCAGUCAAGCGGCAGAGGGUCCGGCGCCCCGGGGCAGUCCUGGGGACGUCCGGCAGACAACGGCCCAACGCCUGGUUCUGCGAGUGUGGCCUGCGUUUCCCGGAAGAGUCUGCUGCCAGCCGCCACAUAAUGUUGUCCAAUCAAGUGUUCCACAAGUGUGGCGUGUGCGGCAAGCUAAUGUGCGAGGCGUCCAUCACGCGGCUGCAUAUGAGCCGCAUCCACGGUGGCGCCCACCUCUCCCACUUCCAGUUCUGGUGCCGCCGCUGCCAGGUGGAUAUGCCCCGGGAGGCGGAUGUGAUGUCACACGUGGGUGAGACCCACCAUGGCCACACCUUUUACCGUGAGCGGGAAGUGACUGAGGAAGAGGAGGAGGAGGGCGAGUCGUCCACCCUGGAUCCCCGCAAGUGCAGCCCCAUUGUGGACGUGGCCCCGGCAGAUCGCCCUCCCAAGUGGCUCUGCAGGAUGUGCGAGGAGCUCUUUGAAUCACUGGAGGCAGUGCGGCGACACUGUGGGGCCGUGGCCAGCCACAGCUUCCAGAGGUUUCUGUGCGGUCACUGCUCGCAGCGGUUCUUCAAGGAGCUGACGCUGCGGCGGCACUGCGAUGCCGAGCAUGCCGGCCACAUCGACAUGCGGUGGUGCUGCGGCCUCUGUGACAGCAUGCGCCUGGAGACCGAGGACGAGUUCCUGCAGCACUACCGGAGCCUGCAUGCCGAGGACUACUGCCGCGUGGAGGACCCCCCCACCCGGCCACGGGCCGCACCGUCCCCACUGUCACAGACGUGUCCCUGCAUGGGGACGGAGAAAGACAAAGCGGAGAGGAACGCCACCUUCACACGCUGCAUGAAGAGGCUGGCCAGUGAGGGCUGCUGUCAUUACAGCUGCAUCACCUGCGGCAUGCGUACCCCAUCCUACGUCCAGAUCAAGGUCCACGUCCAGGAAGAUCAUGGCGUCCAUAAGAGGGACAAGUCCUUCGAGGUGGCGUGUGGCCUGUGUCCCCAGAGCCUCGCCGGCGUCCCCGCCUUCCACUCCCACUAUCACGCUCAGCAUUGUCCCCUGUGUCCCCGCGAACGUCACAGGGAUGACAAAAUGGACACCAAAGCAGCUGUCCCUCUAAUGCUGAAAGCAGAGGAGCUCGCACCCAAGGACAAUGCAGAAGAGAUUGAGGACAUCAAAAGAGCUAUUGCUCUGAGUUCAGGAGAGGCUGAGUGGAGGUCGCCCCCUAGUGGAGAUGAGUCUGAGGAGGACCUGAACCAUGCCUUAGCUUUAAGCGCAGAGGAGAUGCAGAGGAAGCGAACGGAGUCGGAUGAAGAGAUGGAGGAAGCCAUCAAGAGAAGCAUGGUGGAGUUCUGACCCGGACUGAAGCUUGUUUUAUGUUCAUUUUGAUCUUUGUUUCAGAUAAAUAUAAAAUAAAGAAUAAAAAGGUUAAUGCAAAGCUGCGCCAGUUGAGCUGGAAUAAAUGGUAGGCUUGAUAAAAAUGA